AUGCAAGAGAUUCGCUUGGCGCUGCGUGGCAGAGCAGAACUCCUGAUGGGAAAAAAUACCAUGAUCCGUAAAGUUAUUCGAGGUUACUUGCAGAAGAAUCCAUCGUUGGAAAGUUUAUUGCCUCACGUCGUCGGAAACGUAGGUUUCGUUUUUACGAAAGAAGAUCUAAUGGAUAUUCGUAAUGAAAUUAUUUCAAAGAAGAUCGCCGCUCCUGCGAGGGCAGGAACCAUUGCACCCAUUGACGUCAUUUUGCAACCUGUAAACACUGGAUUGGGACCAGAGAAAACUUCAUUUUUUCAAGCAUUGAGUAUUCCAACGAAGAUUUCGAAAGGAACCAUUGAGAUUUUGAGUAAUGUCCAUUUAAUAAAGGCCAAUGAAAAAGUCGGUGCGAGCGAAGCCGCGUUGCUCAACAUGCUGAACAUUUUGCCGUUUACAUAUGGUUUGGUCAUACUGAAAGUCUACGAUUCGGGCUCAGUUUUUCAUCCGUCUGUGUUGGAUAUAACGCCAGACGAUAUGCGAAACAAGUUCUUUAUGGGUCUUGAACACAUGGCCAGCCUAUGUAUUGCUAUUGAUUAUCCAACUAUUGUUAGCGUACCGCAUAUUAUCGCGAAAGGAUUUAAAAAUCUACUUUCUAUUGCAAUAGCAGCCGAUAUCUCAUUUAAGGAAGCGGAGAAAGUAAAUAGAAUUAUUUUUAUCUGUUGCUAUGCGCCUUGUUUGGUAUUUUUUUGA